AUGUCAACGAAGGAGGACAAUCAACCCUUCGAAGGCGACGCACAUGCUUCACCAAAGCCAGCGUCAUCUCAUCCAAAGCCACCUUUCACGAUAUUUGACAAGCGUCAAAGAUGGCUGAUUGUCUUUAUUGUAUCAUUUGCUGCAACAUUCUCAGGUUUUGCAUCCAACAUCUACUUCCCAGCCCUGCCAACAAUUGCCGAUGACCUCAAUGUAUCACUGGAACUCGUGAACCUCACUGUCACAUCAUAUCUCAUCUUCCAAGGCAUCGCCCCCAGUUUCUGGGGCCCAGUGUCUGACGUCAAGGGCCGUCGAAUCGCAUAUGCAUGUACCUUCCUCGUCUUCCUCGGUGCAUGUAUCGGACUAGCAGAAACCAAAAACUAUGCUACUCUGAUUGUGCUCAGAUGUCUGCAAAGUACUGGGAGCGCAAGCACUAUUGCCAUAGGAUCUGGUGUGAUUGGUGAUGUCACAACUCGUGCUGAUCGAGGAGGCUUCAUGGGUAUCUUCCAGGCUGGGUUGCUUGUUCCAGUUGCUGUGGGACCGGUGAUUGGUGGUGCUAUUGCUGGUUCUCUUGGUUGGAGAUCGAUCUUUUGGUUUUUGACCAUCUAUAGUGGUGUUUUCCUUAUCUUGCUACUUCUGCUCCUGCCGGAGACGCUUCGGUCACUUGUUGCCAAUGGAAGUCUGUUACCGUCCAACUUGAUGGUUCGGUAUCCCCUGGAUAUCUAUCAGAGACUUUCCAAGGUCGAUUGGAAUCAUGAUACAGAACCACCGCAGCUUGGCGCCAGAAAACAGAUCGAUGUUCUCGGGCCCUUCAAAUUUUUGAUCACCAAACAUGCAUGCCCAAUCAUCGUCUUCUUGGCUAUUUACUACGCAGUCUGGCAGAUGAGCAUUACCGCCAUGUCUUCCUUGUUCAAGACUCGCUAUGGUUUGACAGAGAUCCAAAUCGGCCUGACGUUCAUUGCAAACGGUGUCGGCUCUAUGGUUGGCACUUUGAUCACAGGCAAAAUUCUCGAUUUUGAUUAUCGCAAAGUCAAAGCUAGCUUCGAGCUUCAAUCACCUUCUCGUGAUGUUGAAUCUAGGGGCACUACCACCCAUACCCCUGCCAGCCAGGAGGACUUUCCCCUCGAGAAAGCUCGACUUCGACUUGUGCCCCUUUUCUCUGGCCUACAAUGCCUGUCAAUUCUUCUUUUGGGUUGGACCAUUCAAUAUCCGAAUCAUGUUCAUAUUGCCGUUCCUAUUAUCUCGACCUUCAUCACAGGUUGGACAGCAGUUUCCACUCAAUCUGUCAUUAUGACCUACCUUGUGGAUGUGUUUCAUGAUCGAAGUGCCGCCGCGAGUGCAAGCCUUAAUCUUGCCAGGUGCUUGUUCGCAGCUGGCGGUACAAGUUUCGUGAUUCCACUGAUCAACAAGAUUGGAGUUGGGCCAGCAUUCACAGUCUGCGUUGCGGUGCAAGUUGUCGCGCUAAUUGGUCCCCUCAUUCAAUGGCGAUUCGCUGCUGGAUGGAGGAAAGAGCAGAGAGAGCACCUGAGGUUUCACAAUAAGCAACAUUAG